CGAACCAAAGGCACCGCGUGGAUCUCGGACCCGAAUCGUCGUUAUGUUUCGAAAUCACAGUAAGCCCUAAGCAAAACACGUAUAAACCUGCAAGUCAUACAAGACUCGAGAUCCCCCCCCAUUACAACUUUGUUGAAUCGCAGACGUCUCUUGGCUCAUCCUAUAUCCCUGAACACAAGCUACAAUGCCGUAUGAGCCUGCUGUAUCUGCUAAAAUGGACAGGGCCGUCUCACCCUGCUUGUAACAUAUGUUAUGUUACAUAUCUGUGGCUUUCAGGAGAUUUGAUAUAAUUAGAUUCUCAGUUGUUGGCAUAUAAUUACCUACCUGCUGUGGACGGUCAAACUUCUCCUGGUCGAGACUUCAUAUUCUUAUGCUAAUUACCUGUUAAUGUUUUUUUUUUUCGACACACGGAACAGAUGCCUCUCUCUGAGAAAGCUGUACCCCUAAUCGGCGUCGUCACGCCUUUCUUAGCCCUUGCGUUUCUGGCUGUUGGCUUACGACUCCACGUUCGUGUGACUUUGUUAAGGAAUCCGGGAGUUGACGAUUGGCUAUGCCUUGGUGCGGUAUUAUGCUCGUUUGGAACGUACUUGGCGAAUAUGGCUGGGAUAGUAGUAGGCUUCGGUAACCCUUUACCAAGCAUGACUCCCGAAGAGCGAGAUGUAGCGUUGAAGACACUCUGGAUCUCGCCACCCCUCUGGGGCCUCUCAUCCUCCCUAGUCAAAACGUCCAUCGUGACAUCCUACCUUCGCAUCUGGUCGGGCAAGCGGUUCAAACUGCUCUGCUACGCCUUACUAUGCGUAAUCUCCAUACUCGGCCUAGCGCUCUUCCUCGGCGGCGUAUUCGCCUGCGUGCCCGUCUCCCUGUCCUGGGCGCCGCCGCCCGGCCCGGACUCGCGUGACCCCCGACGACACUGCAUGGACCUCCCGCUCUUCAUGUUCGCCACUUCGAUCCUAAAUACGGCCAUCGACCUAGCCGUCCUCGCCAUCCCCAUGCCCCUGUUCCGCAAGCUACACAUCCCGCCGAAGCAGCGCGCCGCGCUCACUGCCGUUUUCACCGUCGGCGUGGUCGUCUGCAUCGCCUCUAUCAUGCGGCUCGUCACUCUGCAGCAUGUGCGCCGCACAGAGGACCCGUCUGUUAGCGGUCUUCCGCUGGGAAUCUGGUCCGGCGUCGAGCUCGACUUGGGUAUUAUCUGUGCGUGUCUGCCCACGCUGCGUCCGAUGCUCGCCCGUGCGUUCCCGCGCCUGCUGGGCUCUACGGUCGAUUCCGAGCUGAGCUGGCGGGGGACACGGCGGAUUACUCGCGACGGGAAUAGGGCGUAUCGUAUGCACGAGUUACAUUCUAACGAGGAAGAUGGCAAGUUGGGAAAUAGCAAUACGGAAAUAAUAAUGAUUGGGGGGACCUCGGCAUUUCCGCGCACUCCAGCGCCAUCGCAUCUAGACAGGUAUAGCAAGUCGUAUAUGAAUUUCGACUAGGUAAUAAAUAAUCUAAUUGAAUGCUUUCAUAAUCCAACCCGUUUAUAACCAUAAUGAUGCUUUACUUAUUACCUGCUUCCUCUUGGGUAUCAUU